UGAGAGUGUUCAUGUUCCGAGAUGAGAUCAUCCAUUUAAGGUAAUGAAGUUACGUAAGAAAUUCGUUUUGCGAGAUAUCAUGCGAGUUGUCGACAAAGAUUCUUAAAUACAUUUGAUAUUCGAAAAUUAAUGAUAUCGUACUUUCCGCAUUACUUUUCCAAACUACUCUGUGCCUCUUGAAGAGGUACUGGUUGGUUUUAAAAAAUAAAGAAAAUUUGACACUAAAAAGAUCUUUAAUUAUUUUCUACUAACAAUUCAUAUCCUUAACAAUGGAUCUCAAUAAUCCAAUUAAUAUAUUUGCCGUUCAAGAUAAUAGUAGUAUAAUAAGCCAGACUAUAAUUGAUCAUGUGAUUCCAUUGGAAGAAGAAUAUAGUGUGGAUUUUAAUGUAGAAAAAGAUGAAGACAAAAAAGUAAUGAUAGCAAUGAAGAAUUUAAGUAAAUGUGGUAGCAGCAUUGCAGUUGAAAAUGCUUUGGUACACAAUAUCAUUAUGGUUCCUCCGAUUCUUCAGGUAGAAGAAUCUUUACUAUCUCUUGGUAGUCAUGGCAAUGUCGAUGGAGUUUUCUACUGCCUUUUAAUUAAAGUUAAUGCUUUAGGAAAAGAAACUUAUUUGGCUAGAUAUUUUGAGUUUGGCAGUUUUACUGCAUACUUUGAUAAUAUUGCACAUGGAAAGCUGAAAAAAGAUUUAAUGGUUGAUGAAAUUCUUCCAUAUUGUGUAUUUACAAUAAAGGAUGUUGAUAUGGAACUUGCAUUAAAAAAAGAAACUUUUGGACACAGAACUAAGAGUGGUAGCAAAAGUCGUAUUCACAAAAGCAGAACUUUUAAUCGUUUGAUAUAUGAGUGCAAAGGUGGCCUAAAUGAGAGUUUGAAAAAACUAAUAAUUGAGCUUGAUAAAAACAAUUUUUGCGUUUGCUACCAUCUAAUUGCUGCGUGUCUUCUUAAAGACCAAUUGUGGGAGGGUGUUAAUCAAGGAAACAAAAAGUAUUUCAUUUGCCAACCUUCAGAAAAAGCAGAAGAAUGGGAGACUUCGCUUAUGCUUCACCGAAGUAACCCCCAGGGAGCUUCAAGGUAUGGAAAACUUUGGACUUCUUUAAUAGAAAACCCAUCAAUAGAAGACCAAUUCAGAAUUCUGUCAGAUCUUCCUAACCAUCAUAAAUGGAUGUGGGAUAAACUUGUUAAAGGUGUAAAAUAUGAACAGAAGUUUUCAAAUUCAUGCAGAUAUUUUCCUGGUUCACCCAGAAACAGAAUUCUUCAAGCCUCUUUUUAUCGAGUUACCUCUGAUAACAUUAUUGUAUCCAUUUUAAGAAAUGUUUUUGGUGUUAAAGAGACAGUUGUAUAUCCAUCUAGAAAAGAAAACUUAUCUCUAAUAGUGUCAAAAGCAAAAAAGAGUAGGAUAUCUAAAGAAAGUUUUCUUGACCAAGAGUUUCAAUAUAAUGAUUUGCAUUGUGGAAAAAAAGUAGUUACAAACAAUAUUGGCAUCACAGAUUCUAUUAAUGAGGUUAACUUGGUUCAGCAUUUAAGUAAAAGAAACAGUCUCUAUGAAUACUUUUGUGCUGAACUUUUUAGUCAUGGCGUUCUUUGUUGGCGUGUUCGAAAACCGUCUCUUAGUAUAUGUGUUAUGAACAACUACAAUCACGAGAACGGGAACUUUCAAGAUAAAGAAUUUGUUCAUGUAAAAGCUGAAACAAUGUGUUCUACUACAAUAUACAACUGCUCCUGUAAAACAUUCUCAUCAUGUGUUUUUUUUCAAUCAGAAAAUUUGACCAAUGUAAAUAAUUGUUGUCAUUGUCGUCUGUUAAACCAGCUAAUGCAAAUGCUUGAUAAUCCUGAUUUCAUCCCAGAAAAUAGUUUAUUAAACAAAAAAAAACUUAUGGAUAGUUUAAUCUAUCUCAAAUCAAAUGUUUUUAAGUUAACUUCAAAAUCGGGAGUUGAAAGAUAUUCGGUAGUUGCUGAUUCAUGUUCUUUUGUUACAGUUUUUGAAAUUUCAAAAUCAUCUCGCAAAGUAAUAAAAUGUCAUGAUUCAUUAUGUCAAAUAUCUGAAGGAAGUACUCGUCAAAUUAAUAAUCUACACAAUGGUUGCUUAUGUCCACAUCUUAAAGUCUUUAGAGAAUAUUUUUAUCUUGUUGAAAACACAGUAGAAUCAUUUUGUAAUGACAAUGAUAAAGUGAUCUCUUUUGAUUCUGUGUUAGAGGAUAAUCUACCAAGGGAAAAGUGGGAAGAUGUUUUUGAUGUAGCAUCUGGUUUGUGGACAUUUGGAAUUAAUGCCCCAAGUAAAAAAACUGUUUCCAAUGACCAAUUUAAUGAAAAAUUUAGCAAUGACAUUGUAAAAAGACAGUCUGCUACCAAUGGAUAUUGUUUUAUGCCUUCUGUUGAUCUAGACAACUGUGACUGUGGUGCUGGGUGGGUAUCUGAAUCUGUUUUAUCUGGUUAUACAGAAUUUUACCAUAAAAUCAAUAUGUACACAGAUCGUGAAGUAAUUGAGUGUGAUGUUUUUUUGAGAAAAUGUUUAUCCAAUACUUGCAUUAGUUAUUGGGAUGGCUGUGAAGACUCUGUUUUUUGCUUAUCUAAAUCCACUUGUGCUGGUUAUGAACUAGGUUGGGAAUUUGUCGAUUUUGUUUUGUCUAAAGGAACAUUCAGCGGUUUUGUCAAUUUGUAUUCAAACAAGUACAAACGUAGAAGUACCUCUUAUUUGCCAUUUAUGUCUACACAAACAUUUAUUGAUUGGUUUUUUGCUUGGGCCUCCCACAUGCACAUUGAUUUUAGAGAAAAAUGUCAUAUGUGUCCAGAAAAUCAACAAAUACCAGUUUUAGCUUGCGAUGCGACAAAAAUAGGAAUUAGCUUUAAAAAUUCUUUUGUAAAACCUAUAGAGUCAGCUAAACUUUAUGAGAUUGUUCCAACACCAUUACGGCGACUAGAUAGAUCAUUUAUUUUUAAUUCAGAAAAAUUAGAUUCUAAACAGUUUUCCGAGGCUAGAGCUCAUUUAAGAAAGAUUUGUCUAUAUAUUCUAUCUGUUGAAAACUCUAAUUAUUUAAACUUUGAUGCUGAUACAUUAAAGUUGAAUUCGGUUCUUGUGAGUUAUAUUCCAGCUGAAUGUGUACCAUCAUUUCAGCUAAUGAUUUCUGAAUCACCUGUCCCAAAUGUUUUGCGAUGCUCCUAUGCCAAAGUUUUUAAAAUACUAGCUGCUGAUAGCUCCCUUGAUUCAUUAGAUUCAUUAAUAUGA